UUAUUUUUUUGACUUUUCCCCCUUUUGUCAAGGCGACAGGGGAGGGAAGGCGGUGGCCGUGGCGGCGGCGGUAAUGACGUCCGAGGAGCUCCAGUCCAGGAUGGGGAUGAGGGCGAGGCGAGGACCUUCACUUCACCUGCCGUUCGCUCGCCGCUCGAGUUUGACCUUUUCUUCCUGGGAUGUUGUUGUUUUUUUUUUCUUUCGAUAUUUCCUCCCUCCCCGCGGAUUGGCUCGGUCUAUUCAAUUGCAGCAAAAUUCGACGAGCUGAUGUCAGAAUAGGGGAGAGGAGACAGACGACGGGUGGGUGGGUGCGGGUGUCUGAAGCAGAAGCACCAACCCCGGCGUCCAAUCCCCGCUGAUGCUGGAUGAUUGGGCUGUGUCUGAAGCCUUGCCGCCUUGCGUUCCUUCAUUUAAUGCUUCUGAGAGCGGUCAAUGCGGGAUGGUUGGGUGGUGGAUUGGGAUUUGGGAUUCCAUCUACUCCCUUCACCUUCCCGGAGAAGCAGCAGCAGCAGAGGAAGCAAAGAAAUGGUCGCAAAGCCAAAGAGAAAGAGAAAGAGGCGGAGGGGAGGAAAGGGUCAAUUGCAGCUCGGUGUCCCUCAACCUCAACACCAGCGCUUCUAGUUUCCUCGCUUCUUCCCAGUGUCCCUUUCACUUUCAGACGAGGAGGGAUCGUCCCUUUCCCACCCUCCGUUGCCAUUACAAUAUCGCCGUUGCCAAUUUGUCAUUACAAUAUCUUAAUCGCCAGCGUAAACUCGCCGUAGCUACCUGCUCUGCUACUCGACCCCUGGAACUACCACCUUUCUUUAUUGCUUCGUCCCCUUCAUCCGGUGGCUCCAUUAUCGGCGCUCUGUUCGGCUCAAUCGAUUCCUCGGCUUGGUGCCUCUCUGCUGCUUGAUUUGCUACCUGUACCUGGGAAUGGAUUCUGCUAUCAGAGAGAGCCUACAAGCAUGAAAUCUAUAUAUUCUGGACAAAUGGGAAAAAAUAUGUUACGGCCUCAAGCGCUCUUCCUGUGCUCCAUUAUCCUCACAUUAUCUUUUACCCUUUUGCAACCAACGACUGCACAGGUCACUGCACCAUGGGAAGUUGAUGCUCUCAAGGCUAUUAGGGGCAGCUUGAUAGAUCCACAUGGAAAUCUUAGCAGCUGGAACCGUGGAGAUCCAUGCAUGGGAAAUUGGUCCCAUGUUAUCUGUUACAAUGCAACAGGCAGCGAUGGAUACUACCAUGUACAGGAAUUACAGCUCCUACGUUUGAAUUUAUCUGGAACUUUGGCUCCUGAGCUUGGUCAGCUUUCUCAAAUGAAAAUUAUGGAUUUUAUGUGGAAUACGAUCGGUGGGACCAUACCUAAGGAGGUUGGAAACAUCACUUCUCUUGAAUUAUUAAUGAUUUGCAGACAACUGGACAAUAAUAAUUUCUCUGGAAGUACAAUUCCUUCAUCUUAUGGCAACAUCUCAACACUUCUGAAAUUGAGUUUGAGGAACUGCAGCUUGGAAGGACCUGUUCCUGACGUCAGUGGAAUACCCCAACUUGGCUACUUGGAUCUUAGCUGGAAUCAGUUGAGAGGUCCAAUACCAGCCAGCCAAUUUGCGAGCAACAUAACUACAAUUGAUCUUUCCCACAAUUAUCUUAAUGGUUCCAUUCCAGGAAUUUUCUCUGGCCUUCCUAAUCUCCAAAGAUUGUCACUUGACGACAACAACUUGACUGGUUCUGUUCCAUCUAAUAUCUGGCAAAAUAUUGAUCUAAGUGGAAAUAGAAGUCUUACACUGGAUUUCCAGAACAAUUCUCUCAACAAUCUGUCAACUCCUCUUUCACCGCCUGCCAACGUUACCAUCCUAUUACAUGGAAACCCAGUUUGCGCUGCGCAAAACCAACUGAACAUUUCUCAGUAUUGUCAAUCAGCAAAUGUUGUUGUACCUGAACCUGGAGGUUCCGCAGAUAACAGUACACUUUGUCAACCUUGCGACCUUCCUUUCGAAAGAAUACCAUUAUCACCAAUACCAUGCAUAUGUGCCAUUCCAGUUUAUGUGGAUUACCGGCUUAAGAGUCCUGGGUUCUGGAAUUUCAUUCCAUAUGAAUCCCAAUUCCAACAGUACUUAUCAUCUGGGCUUUCAUUGUCAUUAUACCAAUUAGAAGUUUCUACUUUCAUGUGGGAAGAAGGCCCAAGGCUGAGGAUGGACCUGAAACUGUUUCCAAAUAACACUCCCUAUUUCAAUGCAAAUGAGGUGUUGAGGCUUAAUGGUAUGUUCACAGGUUGGCAGAUUCCAGACUCUGAUAUAUUUGGUCCCUAUGAACUUCUCAGCUUCAACCGAGGGUGGUACAACACCAUAUUACCACAGGGUGGGAAGUCUGGUCUGAGUACAGGUGCCAUCGUUGGGGUAGUCAUGGCAGCAUUUGCUGCAGCUGCCAUUCUUUCAUCCCUCGUUACUAUCAUUAUACUGCGGAGACGUUCAAGAAAUUCUUCUUCAAAGAAACGCUCUGCGAAAAGAAUUUCAAUGAAAAUUGCUGGUGUAAAAGACUUCACUUUUGAUGAAUUGUCACAUUGUACACAUGACUUCAAUGAUUCAACACUAAUUGGCCAAGGAGGGUAUGGCAAGGUAUACAGAGGUGUGUUGGCUGAUGGAACAGUAGUAGCAAUAAAGCGAGCACAGCAAGGGUCUCUUCAGGGUUCAAAGGAAUUCUUCACAGAGAUAGAAUUGCUAUCGAGGCUGCAUCACCGUAAUCUAGUCUCUUUGCUUGGUUAUUGUGAUGAAGAAGAUGAACAGAUGCUGGUAUAUGAGUAUAUGCCCAAUGGAAAUCUACGUGAUCAUCUUUCAGCUAGAGCAAAGGCGCCUCUAGAUUUCCCCAUGAGGCUACGGAUCGCGCUGGGAUCAUCACGUGGUAUCCUGUAUUUGCACACAGAAGCAGAUCCCCCAAUAUACCAUCGUGACAUCAAAGCUAGCAAUAUUCUACUGGACUCAAAGUUUGUUGCAAAGGUUGCUGAUUUUGGUCUCUCGCGUCUUGCUCCACUGCCAGAAACAGAGGGGAGUGCCCCUGGUCAUGUCUCCACUGUCGUAAAAGGCACCCCGGGUUAUCUCGACCCAGAGUAUUUCCUCACUCAUAAGCUCACGGACAAGAGUGACGUGUACAGCCUCGGUGUUGUGUUUUUGGAACUACUGACUGGGAUGCAGCCAAUUUCUCAUGGAAGGAAUAUAGUCAGAGAGGUUUUGGCAGCCAAUCAGUCAGGGAUGAUAUUCUCGGUAGUUGAUAACCGGAUGGGCUCAUACCCUGCUGAGUGUGUGGAGAAGUUCUCUGCGCUGGCGCUGCGGUGUUGCCAGGAUGAGACGGACUCGAGGCCAUCCAUGGUGGAGGUGGUUCGGGAGCUAGAGAUGAUAUGGCGCAUGACGCCAGGGACAGAGAACAUAGCAUCCUCAGAGUCUGGCGUCCUUGGGAUGGGCUCGAGCAGCAGCAAUACCACCAGCACACCCACAGCGUCAGGGUCGCGGAUGGCUUCUUCGGAUGAUCACUACAUUUCGUCCAUGGAGGUCUCCGGUAGCAACCUGCUUAGCAGCGUUAUGCCCAGCAUCAAUCCGCGCUGACCAGCAGGCGCAUUCUAUGCAUUUUUAUGUUGAUAAUGAUAUUGUUAUAGAUAGUAAAGAUGGCAUGGAUCUCUCGGUGUAUGCUAGUAUAUAUUAGUGUUUUGCAGUGCUUAAUGAUGCCUGUGACUUCACCGUGUGCAUAUUUUGCAUCGAACUUAGAGAAAAAUAGUUCAGGUUUGAGUGACUUUUGUUCUAGUAGUGUAUAUAUGUAAACUGAGAUUCCUUGACUUGUCAAGCGUUCAUUUGUGUUGUGUGAGGUUGUGGGCUAGGGCCUAGUUAUGAACUAGGCCUGUUGGCCCAACCUAGCUAGUUUCACCAUCGAACUUUUCUUCCAUUUCAUUUCUAAACACUCUACUUUUCCUC